AUGUUUGGUGCUGAUUCCAAACUUGUGAAGGUGUUGCUUGCACUUAGUGGUAGUAUGGGUAGAUUGGUCAUGUCCCAGUGGUUAAGAAAAAACAAAGUCUGCACAUGGGAAGCUUCUGACUGGAAUGAACUAACACAAGUUAUUCAGGAAGUAUUUAAAGGCAGCACCAUAACACCUAAAAGUGGGCCUGAUAAACAGUACUCUACAGUCGAACCUCUGACAGAUGAUGAAGAGUUAAAAAUCCAAAAUGAAAGGGCUUCAAGUAUUGUCAUAGUAGUUGAUAUAGGAAUACUUGACCUAAGCACAGACAUAUGGAAAGAGCAGCUAAAGUUUCUUGAUAUAUUUCUUAGUAAAGCAAAGUUUGCCUGGAUACUAAACCAUGACACCUCCAAUGCUGUUAAGAUGGAGCUCCGAAGGAAAAGGCAUUUGCUGAUGGUCAAUAAGCCUCUAUAUAAAGCAAAAAUGGUUCAGAUUCUGGAAGAAGCCAUCAGAGAAAGAAAUCUUGAAUUGCAACAAAAGAGUCUGAGUGUUUCAAGAACUUCCAUUAUGCAAGGUGAUUUGCACGAAUGUUUUGAAAUAGAUCCCAUUCAUUUUGAUGUGGGCAGCUCAGAUGACUCGGAUACAUCUGAAGCAAGAAAUUCUAAUCCUAGAAAGGCUACAUUUUCCAUUGGAGAAACUCCUGGUGAAAGAAAUGCAAGAUCUUUAAACUCAGAUUACAGGACUAUUGACAACAGUGCAGUUGAGCUAAGUCAACUCAAUUCAAAAGAAAAUAAAUUAAAUAAAAAAGAUCCUGGUCAAGUAGGGCCAAAUUCUAGUGACAGUGAAGACUCAACAAAGAAGUUAGUGUACACAAAGAAUGCAUCAGUUUUAACAAUCCUUGAAUGUGCAAGUUCAAGGUAUGCUGAACAUCAAAUAAUGAGUGGCAUUCCUAAAGAGAAGCUUCGUGCAGAUUCAAGUAAGGUGGUUAAUGGACAGAAACCUCUUGAAGGGUUGUGUAUACUGCUAGCAGAAGAUACACCAGUACUACAAAGAGUAGCAACAAUAAUGCUGGAAAAGAUGGGGGCCACCGUCAUGGCUGUAAAAGAUGGACUGCAGGCAGUAGAAGCUCUGAAACGCAUUUUAAGUGAAGAGGAAUGUAGAAGAAUGGGGUCAUCAUUGCGGGAUGGAGAAAUCACUCAGGAAAAUGUUCGACAAUUCCAGAAAAUUGAUCUGGUCCUCAUGGACUGUCAGAUGCCAAAGAUGGACGGUUAUGAAGCAACAAAAGAAAUCAGGAAAUCUGAGGCAGGAACAGGUUUGCAUAUUCCCAUCGUUGCACUGACUGCGCAUGCAAUGUCAUCGGAUGAGGCAAAAUGCUUGGAGGUGGGUAUGGAUGCUUACCUUACAAAGCCAAUUGACUGCAAACAAAUGGUGUCCACCAUCCUUUCACUUACCAAGAGAUUAGCAUAAAAAUAUGUUCUGGGUAGAUGUACUCAUGUACAACUGCUUGACUUUUCACACGAGCGCAGGCUAACAAACUCGUUGGUUGAUGUAUAGUUCGAUAUUAUCACAGAGAUGAAUGUUUCACGUUAAAAAAAAAAAAGUGAAAAAGAAAAGGAAGAUGUGCUGACACUCUCUUACUUCA